GUGAGCCUCCAUUUGGUUACCUAUAAAUCCUCCACCUCUCACAGUCCUCCAUUUCUUCUCCACUGAUAAAGUAAUCUCCAAUCCCUAAAUCUCUGUUCAACAGGAUUGAAUUUGCAUUGGAUUUCCCCUCGAUUUGAUCAGACCCUAGCAGGAGCAAAGCUGCAAAAUUCAAUCAAAUUCGUUGGAUACAUUAAAAAGCAGCAGCUAAUAAGAUGUCAUCAUCGCUCCUAUCAGCGAAUCCAGCGCUAAAUUCCGGUAGAUCGUCGACGAGGAGACGGAACAAGAAGAAAAUCCAAAGCCACGCUAUAGCGGAAAAUCUCAGCAGCAACGAUCAGCACCAAAACUCACCAAUCGAAUGGAAAUCGGAGACGCAGCAGCAAAUCUACUCGUCGAAGCUUCUCCAAGCGCUGCGCCAAGUCCGGAACGGCGACGGCUCGCCGGCGCCGAAGCGCGUGCACGAAGCCGCCGACAGAGCCCUAGCCACGACGGCGAAGGGGCGAACGCGAUGGAGCAGAGCGAUCCUGACCAACCGGCUGAAGCUGAAGUUCAUGAAAAAGAAUAACAUCGUGAAGCGGCAGAGAAAGGUGAUGACGUCGAUCUCCACCGGCAACAGCCGGUCGCAGAGGAAAUCGAAGGUGAAGAUUUUGCGGCUCAAAUCCAAGUCUCUACCGGCUUUCCAGCGCAAGGUCCGCGUUCUCAGCCGGUUGGUCCCCGGUUGCCGGAAACAGCCGAUGCCCGUCGUUUUGGAAGAAGCCACUGAUUAUAUCGCCGCCCUUGAAAUGCAGGUGAGAGCGAUGAGUGCCUUAGCCGAGCUGCUCUCUGUUUCAGGCUCAUCAAGUUCCCACUAAGCUUGGGGUAUGUGACAAAUUUAUAUUUAUAUCAAAGUAACAAUAUUGUUUGAAUGUAUAUAUAUUGAUGUGUAUUGCAUUUUGUUGAAACGAUUUAAGGCUGGUUGAGUGUGAUUAAGAAGUGAAUUUUGUGUGUAUUUGGUUACACAUUGCAAGGAAUGGACAUGUGAGGAAAAAAGGGACACAUACAUAAAAUUAGGAGGUAGCAAUCAAGUUGGGUUGGUCCCUAUUGAAGAAUGGAAUAUCUGAGUAUGUCGUUUCUGGCUUGGGGGUUGGAUGGUGAAAUUCAUUUGUCAGUGUAACAUGCACAGCAAUGAAAAUGACUUAUCUUUUUGAA